AUGACUCUGGAAGAUCAGUUUACAUCUGUCCAGUGGGACAGGAACGAGGUGAAAGGCUCCGCUUCACAACAACAGGAGACAAUUACGGAAGAAGAACCUGAAACUCAACGGGAUAAACCCGCACCUACGUAUCUUGAAUCAGAGAUAGUCGAACCCGAUAAAGAAAAGGAGACGGAACAACAGGACCCGGGGGCAGAUGAUGAUGUUGGAACAUCCACUUCUGCUAACGUGGAAACAACAAUUGUUCCAGGUGAUAAUAUUGGUGGUGUUUUGGGUUCGAGUCCUAAUUCCACUUCUCCUAGUGGUGAAGAUGAAGUGUCUUCUUUAGAACAACAAUUUACACCAAAACCUUCUAGCAGUAAUGCUCUUGAAUCUGCAAGUACUUCUAUGAACAAGGAUCAAGAAAUACUUCGACAACAGCAGCAACAACAACAGGAAGAAGAAAUCCGCAGUUUUGAGAAGUAUAAUAUUUCAGCUACGGUAACUACCCCUACUAGAGAGCUUGACACUGCUUCUAAACCGUAUAUAUCGUAUUUGAUAACCACGUCCACUAAUCAUCCACAACUUAAGAAGCUUUGUGGCAAAACUGAUCUCGCUGAAGAAAAGUCAAUUACCAUAGAAACGAGAAGACGAUAUGGAGAUUUCCGUUUCUUACACAAUUGCUUGGUUAAUGAUUAUCCUGGUUUCAUGACCCCUCCGUUACCAUCGAAACUGAAUUUCAAAUACUUGACUGGUGAUACCUUUAGCACUGACUUUGUACAUAAGAGAUUACACUCUUUGGACAGGUUUGUGAAAUUCAUUCUUAAUCACAAGACUCUUUCACAAUCAUCAGUUUUCCAUUUAUUCUUAAGUGACACUCAAGACUGGAAUAGCUUCUCGAAAAACCUCAAAUUAAGCAAGAAUUUUGAUACAGAUGACAGCAUUGUUAAUAAAGUUGUAAAUGAAGACUUGUUGACCGAAACUUUAAUGAACUUUUUAACAUCAAGCAAACAUAAAAGGGAAACAAAUAAAGACAUACUUGAAAUCAAUGAUAAGUUGAAAAAGUUAUACGAGAAUUUAGUUAAAUUGGACAAGUUAUUCUCAAAAUUAAAUAAACGCAACAGCGACUUGAGUGUUGAUUAUCAUCAGUUUCUGGUGCAACUCCAAAAGUUAUCGUCAAUUGAAGGUGGUAACACUACAGGUAAUGGAACAACAAAGGUUGAUUAUAGCUAUAGCGAAGAUACAAAAGCAGAUUCUGUACCUAAUACUGAAAAUCAUGAAUUGGAAACGAAUUUGAAAGUGUUUUCUGAUUCGCUUGAGUAUUUCCUGAAGAAUUGGGAUCUGCUUCAUCGGUACGUUGAUGAGUCUUUUUUAAACGUCUUGAAAGACUGUGCAAAAUAUAUUAUAAGCUUAACCAAUUUAAUUGAGUUGCAUCAUAACAAACGAAUUGAUUUGCAAGUGUUACAAGAUUAUUUAUUGAAAGCAAGAAAUGAUUUGGUUUCUCUUGGUGGGAAUAUGGAAAGAUCAACCACAUCGAGACCUCAAACUUCAUCAACUAUGGCACCACCGACCCCAGCUUUUCACACUGUUCAAAGUGGUGGAAUAGUAAGUCAAACAACUCAGUUAAUCAAGGAUACGAUUUCAACCUCAGCAUCUUCUAGUAUAGGUUCGUCCAAUGCAGACAAUAAGAUAAUUCGUUUACGGAAGAAGAUAGAAAACUUGGAGAAUGAAAUAGCCAUUCAAACCCAGUUAGUUAAUGAUCUUACAGACAAAAUAGUUAACGAUGAGUACCCCAAUUGGGAUAAGUUUAAUAAGAAGGAAUUAAAAGAUGCUAUGGUUUCAUUGUGUGAUGAAGAAAUCAACUUUUAUAAGGGUUUGAUUGAUAAUUGGUCAGAGGUUGAAUCAAAGUUAACCACCAGAUUGGAAGAGCUUGGUUGA